AUGACUCUCCUGCGUCCUGACCCGUACAAGGUUCUCGGCGUCUCCAAAGACGCGCAGAUACCCGAGAUCAGGUCAGCGCAUCGCAAGCUCAUUUUGAAGUGCCAUCCCGACAAGGUGCAAGAUCCUGCACUCAAGGCGCAGAAGCAAGACGAAUUUCAAAAGGUCCAGCAGGCCUACGAGCUCCUUUCCGACGACCGCGAACGCCAGAAAUACGAUGAUCAGAUCAAGCUGGCCGAGCUCCGCAAACAGUUCCAAGCCCAGGCUAACAUCUCGACGCCUCGAUCUGCGCCCAAGGAAUACAACAUCUACACGGCCGAGCCUCCCGGGCCCAUGGGCCGUUCUCCGCCCCCAGUCUCCAAAGUCUACGCCCACUCUCGCUCGUGGGAGGACGACUUUGGCCGCGGACCUCAAAUCUUCGAUGCAGGGACUCCACGCUCAUCCCGGCGAGAGGCCAGCUACCCUGAGCGGCCGUCCAAACGCGAGAUGGAGAGAGAACGAGAGAGGGACCGGGAUGCAAAAGACCGGGACCGGGACCGGGAUCGUCGACGUAAGGCAGAGGAUGCUCGUCGCGCGGAGAAGGAAGCCAAGGAGCAGCGACGGUCUGAUAAGAACAAACGUGAGAAACAGCGCGAUAAAGAUAUUCGACGGGAAGCAGACGAGAAGCGACGGUACGCGAAACCCUACAACGAGUCAUUCGACGACGAACCCCCUCUUUCGAAAUCGGACAAGAAGAAGUCGAGCAGUGGCAAGAAACACGAGGAAAAGCGCGAUCGGUCGUCGGGUCCGCAGCGGUCCUACUCAUCGGCCAUGGACUACGCCCAAUCCUACAUCGAGGCGUCGAGGGCCAAGAAGGGUGCCCCCCCGGGCCUUCAGCGGUCAAAGACGUACCAUCCUCGACAGGUACAGCCACCGGCCCCAACGCCCCCGCCAAUGACUGGCCCGUCGUCGCCUUUCUCCGCGCCCGACGACGACCCGGUGGAAGAGCCGCUCGUGAUGAAUGCGUCCCCGACGAACCGUCACACGGCACAGUUUUCAAAGUCAACUUCGGCGACUCCCCAGCCGCCUAGCUCCCCACCGUGGCGGGAGGUUCCCCGCACCAGCUCACUACCCGUUGACUCGGCAUUUCCCGCCCGCCCCGUCCCCGGCAUCAUGAGGGCGCAGACCUUUAGUGCUUUCAACGCAUUCGCCGAAGGGGCGGCGCGCGGCCGGGCCCGCUCGCGCAGGCAUGCCCAGAUCGAGGAGGAAUCCGAGACGGAACAGGCGUACGACCGUCAAACCCGCGAGCGCGAAGGCAAGCACCGGAGCAGUCGGCGACAUCGGUCUCCGGAGCCCGAGAACGUUUCCCGGUACCAGGUGGACGGCGGGCGAGCAAAGUUGCAGGGCACCUACUCUCGCCGGCUCGAGGCUGAGCUUGACCCCCACCGCUACUACUCGACGUCGGCCGGGAUCCCCGUCGUGGAAAGUCGACCGCCCAUGGCGGGACGUGAGAGCAGCUACGCGGGUCCGGGGAUGAAAUUCCCCAGAAUCAAGACAUCCAAGGCGUAUGGAUACGAUGACGUGAAGUACAGCAACUACCACGAGAAGCCGUACCGCGAGGGGUACACGGCAUAUGCAUGA